AGAGUAUUUACAAUUUUCCAGUCACGUUGUGAUAGGUUAGGACUGUCAGUGAUGCAACUUUAUUUUGAUAUUAACACAGAAAAUUUCCAUCGAAUUUUAGUUUAAAUUAUUUAGAACAGAAAACGCUGCAAUGAAACGCAAUUUAAGAAGUAAGUGUAAUCAACCAAUAAUUGAAUUAUCAGAUUCCGAUGACGACACUUAUAAAAUAUCUAAAAAACCAAAAGACGAGGAUUACGUGAUAGAGGAAAAGAAAGAAAAAAUUACAGUGGAUAAAGAAGAGCCAAUAAAAAGGAGAGUUAGAAAAAAUGUGCAGAGCAAAGAUGUUAAAAGAAAGUCUGUCAAAAGAAAAAAUCAAGAAAAAAGCUUGGAGACAUUUAGCAACAAGAAACCUAAGCUAAAAGCAUCAUCGUCCACUGAUUUUACAGAUGCAAAAGUAUCACAAUCACAAAACCAAAAGGAUUUAAUCAAGACUGAUAUAAAGGAAAAUCUGAAGAUCAAAGAAAAAUUUAAUUCCAGCUUUUCGCAAUGCGCGGAAUGGACUGAUGUUGACUACAUAAGCGAAAUUAACAACGUGGAUAGGCGUAUUGUGGAAAACGUGGUGAAACUUUUCAAGGAGGACAACACGAUACCUUUUAUUGCGAGGUAUAGAAAAAAUAUGACUGGAUCUAUGGAAGCGGAUCAGCUGAGAGCGCUACUCGAUAGCUUCGAGCAGGCGAAGAUUAUUAAAAAUCGCGCUGCGACGAUCAUUAAAAGCAUCGACAAAUUGGGAAAAUGGUCACCGGAGCUUCACUCGACCAUCACGUCUACAAAAUCCCUCGCUGAUCUCGAACAUAUCUAUUCCUUAUACAAACCCUCGGUAUCGAGACGACUUCUUGCGGAGAAAGCACGAGCUUUAGGACUGGGAAGCGUCAGCGACGCCAUUCUACAGGGACAGAAGAUAGCACCGUUGAUAUUCCUAGUGGACGAACAGAGAGAAGGUUUGCGAAACGAGCAGGAGGUGAGGAGCGGUAUUGUGCACAUAAUAGCGGACCUCAUCAGCAAGGACAAGCAAAUCUUCGAUAGGGUGACAUCCCUCCGGAAAACGUCCAUUAUAGAGAUACAUACGGCGGAGUGUAAAACGACGGAAGAUUCGAAGAACGUGAACGGGCGGAAGUACGAACAGUACUUUAAUUUCAAGUCGCGCGUGAAUGCCAUUAAGCCACAUCACAUACUGGCCAUUAAUCGCGCGGAGUCGCAGAAGAUUAUUAGCGUGAAGAUCGUGAUCCCCGACGCUUUCGAGCGCGCGUUCAAGGAAUGCUGCUUGUCGCGAUACGCGUGUCAACAGGAGCGGGAAAUGAUCCACUGGGAUUUACUCAACGAGAGUAUCGAUCAUGCGUAUAAGAAAUUAAUCAAGCCUCAGGUGAUACGUCGCGUGAGGAGCGAGACGAAGGAAAACGCGGAGAAGGCGUCUAUAGAGGUCUUCGCGACUAACGUUAAGCAACUGCUGCUCACUCCUCCCGUGCGAGGUAAAAUCGUCCUGGGCAUAGACCCGGGUUACCGUCACGGAUGCAAGCUCGCCGUUGUCUCGGAGCAAGGCAACGUUCUCGAGACCGCUAUGAUAUAUCCCCAUAACAAUCCAUUUAAGGACCCGGCGGAUGCACUGGCGAGACUGGUGAAUAAAUAUGGAUGCGCGAUAAUAGCUCUGGGAAACGCGACAGCGUGCAGGGAAACCGAGCUAUUCCUAACGAAGGUAAUAAAGUCGGAGAUGUUCAACACACCGAACGUGAUGUACACCAUCGUCGACGAGUGCGGCGCCUCGAUUUAUAGUUGUAGCCCGCAGGCGAAAUCCGAAUUCCCAGAUCUCGAUCCGAACCUGGUGUCCGCUAUUUCGAUAGCGAGACGCUUGCAGGACCCGCUGGCGGAAUUAGUUAAGAUAGAACCGAAGCAUUUAGGAGUCGGCAUGUACCAACACGAUCUUCCCGAAGCGCAAUUGACGAAGACGCUGUCCGAAGUUAUUACAGAGGUUGUGAGUUUUGUAGGAGUCGAUAUCAACACCGCUUCUCUUUAUCUUCUACAACAAGUAGCCGGUCUCACGCGUUCUAGAUCUACCAGCAUCAUAGAAUGGCGAACUAAAAACGGACCGUUCAAAAACAGAGAAGAGUUAUUAAAUGUGAAGGGCAUCGGUAGCAAAACGUAUGAACAAUGCGCCGGAUUCAUAAGGAUUCUGCCGGAAACGGCAACGGUUAGCGAAACCAUGUCAGAACGAAAAAAGAAAUCUACGAGCGACUUCAAUCCUUUAGAUCAAACGUGGAUCCAUCCGGAAUCGUAUGCGAUAGCGGAUAAAUUUGUGAAACACUGCCAAUGCAAGUUAAAUGAUAUUGGUACUCCGGCAUUUAUCGAAAGGAUCAAUUCUCAAGCGGGAACCGGAUAUGGAAAACUUGCCGCGCAGUUCGGCACCGACGAGACUACGAUGGAGACGAUAAUUAAAGCCCUGAGCAUGCAGAAGGACGAGGAUAUACGAUCAAAGUUGAGUCAGCCGCUGUUCCGUAACAGUGUGCGACGUAUCGAGGAUCUGACCGUCGGCACCGUAUUGAGCGGUGUCGUGCGGAACGUUACGCAUUUUGGAUCGUUCGUUGAUGUGGGCGUUGGUAAGGAGGGACUGAUACACGUCACUCGCAUGAAAAAGGAUUUGCAUAUAGGCCAGCGUGUGGAGGUGAAGGUAGUUAACGUCGAACUGACGCGCCAAAGGAUUGGUCUCGAGUUAAUGAGUUAACGCUCUCGCGUCGACGUAAUCGCGCUGAUUACUCUUUCCGGCGUUUCAUGGCUUAUUACAUACGAUGGAGACAGAACCAUUAGUUAGAUUGGUACAGGAAUAUUUGUGUGACCAGGAGUGUUUUAUUUUACUAUACUGAUAUAUGCAUUUAAUUUAUUUUCAAGAAAAGAGUAAUA